AUGAUUAAAAACUAUGAAGAUUUUGAUGAGAAGAGUGAUAGUGAAGUUGAUGUAUUUGAUGAUGAUGAAAAAGAAAAUUUGGCUUCAAUUGGUCAAUUUGAGGUGAAUGAUCUUUUAAAUGACAUGCUUAUAUCUUCUUGUUCUUCUUCUGAUGAUAAUUCUAUGAUGUCAAUUAAUAAUACCAAUUCAGUUGAUGAAUAUGUUGAAGAAUAUGUUGAAGAAUAUGUUGAAGAAUAUGUUGAUGAAUAUAUUGAUAUAGAAUAUCUUGAAGAUGAGGAUUACAGUCAAGAAUCACCAGAUGCAUUUGGUUCUUGUGAUAUAAAAAAUAAUGAUGAUGAAGAUGUUACUGAAAAUAUAGAUACUCAGUCAUCUCCAUCAUCACCUUAUUCAUCAAAAGAAAUAGAAAAUUUAAUACUAGGAAAUUUUAAUAGUGUUAAAAAAGAAGAUGAUAAUGUUGAUAGUAAAAAUUUAGACAAUCAGUUGUUGCCAACACUAUCACCAUCACCAAAAGAAAUUGAAAAUUUAAUACUAGAAAAUUCUAAUAGUGUUAAAAAAGAAGAUGAUAAUGUUGAUAUAUCAUCAAAAGAAAUAGACAAUUUAAUAUUAGAAAAUUCUAAUAGUGUUAAAAAAGAUGAUGAUGAUGCUAGUAAAAAUUUAAACAACCAGUUAUUGUCAUCAGUAUCAUCAAAAGAAAUAAAAAAUUUAACACAAGAGGUAUCCAAGACCAAUGAUGAAAUAAAUCUUAAUAGACCUUUGGCAUCAAUGCUUCCUUCAAAAUAUGAAAAUACAGAGAUAAAUAAUUUAUUUCCUGAUUUUUCACCAGCUAAAAGUUUAAGAUUUUUGAGAAUUUUUAAUCCUGACGAAACAAAUAGUCCUCCAAAUAUAUGGAGAAAUGUUGCACGUCAUAAGAGAAAAUUGCAAAAUAAUAAUUCAAAUAUUAUCUGUAAUCAAGAUGAAAAGAGAAAAAUAUUUAAAAGUUGGACAUUGUAUUAUGAUCCAGUACCAGAAAAUUUAGAUGCAAUUGCAUCUGAUGAUGAGACAAAAUUAUUAGCACCAGCAGUAAAUAAUGAUACAACUGAUGUUAAAACAGCUGUUGUUGAUGAUGAUGUUAAAAAUAAAAAAGAAGAUAACACACUUUGGCGUGAUGGUCCAGCAAAAUAUUGGUAUGAUCAUUUCAAUUGUUCUGAUGAUAAGGAUAAUUUUGAUUAUGGCUUUAAGCUAGCUAAAGAUAAUGAAUCUGAUAAAAAUACAAUGAAUAAUAAUGAUGAUGAUGCACUACCAGAUGAAGCAUUUCUCAUGGUAUCACAAUUACAAUGGGAAAAGAAUAUUAUUUGGGAUACAAAUGAUCGUAUGAGAGAUAAACUUAUAAAAGAAUUACAUAGAAAAAAAAAUUGUUGGGAAAUUGAUGCUAAUCAAGAACCACGUCCUGUAACAACAAGUAUAGAAGUACCACAUCAUAUGAAGACAUUAGAUAGAAGAGAAAACUAUAAAAAAUGA